AAAAUCUCGUGGACAGUUUCGCCGUGGUGAGAUGGCCUCGGCAAAAUAUUCAGCCCAGGGCUUUGAACGCACUGCGCGGGGCAGCACCCAGUGUAUGGUCUUUGAUCGCACAUACUUGAAUCAACAUCUCAUUAGUCGACACAUCUCAUUUGGUCCAACUGCGCCCGUCCAGCGACAUCUCAGCAGAGGACAUUGGAUAUUCGACCUUACCAAAGCCUAAAGUCUCAGGCGAGGCGUGGCCGAAGGAACGGGAAGUGAGUCGUGUGGGAGGAAAAACCCCCCCCAGAUUCUCCCGAGCACGUCAUUUGCCCUCCUCGCCUUUGUGCCCCCGAACUGCGAAAAUUGCUCCACCUUCGGUACAUGCAAAGGCACUACUCGAUCAACCUCUCUGCGCCUUUCUCGCCCGUUGUCUUGCUAUUCAAUGUGACAGCUCGAUUCGGUCGCCAUCAGCUGCUGCCACAAGCAAACACCCUGCUGGACUCUCUUAUGUCCUUGAGCAUACUGAUCAGUACCCUACAAGUCGUCGAGCUUGUACCUCCGCCACCCUUCGACCGCCGCCAACAUGUCUGAGUCAGGGCCUUCUUCUACACCGCCCCUGAAGAAUCCCAAGCUCAGCGCAAUGAGCAAAGCUUUCUCCCAAGUAGAUCUGGACGGCCAUGAUCUACCGCCUUCACCUGCUCCGUCCAGUCCGAGAGGCGGUCGGCAAUACGCUAUCGCGACACAGCUGGUCUACUCGGAGGGGAACGACCAGUACAAUGCAAGCAGCGUGCCCAUCUACCAGUCUGCCACCUUCAAACAGACCUCCGCCACGGGGGGCGUCGCCGACUACGACUAUACGCGCAGCGGCAACCCAACCCGCACCCACUUGGAAAAACACCUAGCAAAGAUCAUGCGUGCCAAACGAGCUCUUGUUGUCUCUUCGGGCAUGGGUGCACUUGAUGUGAUAACCCGGCAGCUGAAGCCUGGGGAUGAAGUCGUAACAGGCGACGACCUAUACGGAGGAACAAACAGAUUGCUCAAAUAUCUAUCCACCCAUGGCGGGAUCAUCGUCCAUCACGUCGAUACAACCACGCCUGAAAAGGUAAAGGAGGUGCUGAGCGAGAAGACGGCCAUGGUUCUGCUUGAGACACCUACCAAUCCCCUGAUCAAGAUUGUGGAUAUCCCCACCAUUGCAAACUACGCCCACACCGCCAAUCCGUCCUGUCUGGUGAUUGUGGAUAAUACCAUGUUGUCGCCCUUGCUCCAAAAUCCUCUGGAACUCGGCGCGGAUGUUGUCUAUGAAUCCGGCACCAAGUAUCUGUCCGGCCACCACGACUUGAUGGCUGGUGUGCUUGCUGUCAACGACGAAGCUCUGGGCGAGAAAUUUUACUUCACCAUCAAUGCCUCGGGUUGUGGCCUUGCUCCCUUUGACUGCUGGCUCCUGAUGCGUGGGAUCAAGACACUGAAAGUCCGCAUGGACGCACAGCAAGCAAAUGCCAUGAUGAUUGCCCGGUUCCUCGAGUCCGCGGGCUUUAAAGUUCGCUACCCCGGUCUCAAGAGCCACCCUCAGUAUGAUCUCUUCAACUCGAUGGCCCGGGGGCCCGGCGCGGUCCUGUCCUUCGAGACCGGGGACGUCCAGUUGUCCGAGCGGAUUGUCGAGUCUGCCAAACUAUGGGCCAUCAGUGUGAGUUUCGGCUGCGUCAACUCUCUCAUCAGCAUGCCGUGCCGCAUGAGCCACGCCAGCAUCGACGCCAAGACCCGCAAGGAGCGCGGCGUGCCUGAAGAUCUGAUCCGACUAUGUGUAGGGAUCGAGGACGGAGAGGAUCUUUUGGAUGAUUUGCGGAGUGCACUGGUGCAGUCUGGUGCCAUGAACGUCACGCUGGACGGAAUCUAUGCAAAGAAUGCAACGGUCGGGGACGAACACCCCGAAGAAGGCGAACAUUUGGCUGCAGAAGCUGCGGCGGUCAACGAACCCUGACGAGGACCGGUUGUCAGGUUAGAUCUUUGAGGUCGCAACAGGGACGACUGUCUUGGAAAGCAACCAUCGUCUCGAACCUCGAGCCGUGAAUGACUCGGGCUGACUGGUCCUGUGGGCCGAGGAAUUUCGUAAAGAGAAGUGAGAGAGAAGGGCCUCUCGCGAGGCAACCCAAAGAAAAAAAAAGGCGGAUUUUCAACCUACACGGCCAUUUCACGUUAUACUUGUGGGUUUUGGAUUCGAAAAGUGCCAUGACCAAAAGGAGGGACAGGUAGACUCGGUGUAUAUAAGCUCUUGAACGAAAUGACAUUUCAGGAAAAAGUUGACGAGUCUAUUCUCUACGCGUUGUCGCUUUCUCUCUCUUUCCCAGCCUCUCAAUUUGCUUUUUGGACACUGCUUCGUUUGCCUUUGAUCGAUGCUGGCUUCCACACUGAAGUGCGUAUCCCCAAUAUCAUGUUUCGGCAAACUGUUGAAGGGCGUCGACUAUGGACCCGCAGCUCCGUAGAUGUAGAUACAAAC